AUGUCUUAUGCAGGAGAGACUGCCUAUAUCACCGGGGGUGCCAGCGGCAUCGGCCGUUCCUUAGCUGCGAGGCUGUUGAGCAAGGGGAUGAAAGUUGUGAUUGCCGACCGCAAUAUCGAAGGGGCAACAGAAGUCGCUCGCGAGGCUAAUCAGAGAGGACAAGUCGCCUGGGCAGUUCAGGUUGACGUAGCCGACUGGGAGUCCCAGCGUAAAGGGUUUGAAGACGCUAUCGACAAAGUCGGUAGGAUCAAUUACGUAUUUGCCGUGGCUGGGAUUCCAGAGUCAUCCUGGCUUCCAAAUAGGCCGAAAGCGACUGAAUUCGAGAAGCCGAACCUGAAGGUGUUCGAGGUCAAUGGGACUGGGCCCCUUUAUACCGCCGCGCUGGGCAUUCAACACUUUCGCUGCCAAAAGCCAGACAAGCACGGGUACCGUGGAAAGCUUGUGUUGGUGGCCUCUGGAUGCAGCUUCUACUACAUCCCGUCUCUACCUAUUUAUACUGCUUCAAAGCAUGCUGUGAUGGGCUUCGUCCGUUCGUUCGGCAAAUACUUACCCGAUGAAAAGAUCACCCUGAACGCUAUAUGCCCGAACAUAGUCAAGACCAACAUCUCUACUGGAGCCUUUUAUGACCAAGCAGAGGCCAAGGGUCUGCUGAUCAGUGUAGAUACUCUAGUGGAAGCUUUUGAGUCUCUGCUGGGUGACAGUGAUACCUCCGGUGAGGCGGUAGAGAUCUUGCCUGGCGAUGAGGGGUAUAGAAUCAAGGAAAUUCCCGAAUAUACUAACGACAAGUGCAAAGAAAGCGUGGAAAUGACAUCGAACCGAUCGCACGGGUCAUUCCAGUUCCACCAGCCCAUUUUGGAGUAG